GUGUGAAUGGGGGUGGUCCGGAGCCGCUGUGAGGGGAAGGCCUUGGUCUAUUUAUUUUUUCUUUCUUUUAUCUCACCCUCCCACGUAUUUAACGUCGCCAUAAUUGUGUUUUAUCUGUUUCUCCGGACGGCUGGUGGUCAUUUCCCGUUUUUCGGUGCGGUGUAAAGCACCGGGACUCCCCCCCAUUUCUCAUUCCGCUCGCCGAUCGAAACGUCCGAAUGUCCAGCUGAUUGCUUUGAGUACCGUUCAAUUAUUCCACUUCAAACCGAGCCGUUUGUUCUUCCCAACGGCCGAAACGGAUCACCUUCACCGCCCUUCCUCCUCGGAUUGUGGACUUUAACGGAAGCCAACAUUCUUCCUUUGUCUUGUUUUGUUUCUUUUGGUUGUUGAACCGUUUUCCUCGUUUAAGGACCAGGCCCCGGACUCAUCCCCGGCCUUGCGUUUCCAUAUUGGGGCUUUUUUGGGGGUUGUUGGAAGUCAUGGGAGACACAAGUGAACGGAGCAAAGCUUCCUCUCUACCUCCCCGGUGUCCCUGCGGAUUUUGGGGGUCCAGUAAAACCAUGAACUUAUGCUCCAAAUGUUUUGCUGAUGUCCAGAAGAAGCAGCCAGAGGACGACCUCGCCUCCAAGCCAAUCCAAAGUCCCGGGAGUAGCCAAUCAUCCGUGUUCAGCAGCGACAGCAGCAGUAGCAGUAGCAGUAGCGAGUCACUAUCGUUGUCGCUGCCGCCCGGCUCGGAGCCGCCGUCAGCCGCAGAGUCAGCCGCCAUGUUCUCCAGCCGGACAGAAGGCGUGACGUCCACAGAAACAGCCCAAGGCACACUCUGCACACCCACAAAACGCCCACGUGAAUCAGCCUCCAGCCCAGAGAGCGAGGCCACGCCGGAGAAACGGCCGCGCACAGAAGAGAAGGAGGGGAACGGCGAGGAGAGCCGCGGGACGCCCAAACAGAAGAACCGCCGGCGCUGCUACCGCUGCCAAACCAAACUAGAGCUGGUGCAGCAGGAGCUGGGCUCAUGUCGCUGUGGCUACGUGUUCUGCAUGCUGCACCGUCUACCUGAGCAGCACGACUGCCUGUUCGACCAUCUGGGCCGCGGGCGCGAGGAGGCCGUGCUCAAGAUGGUGAAGCUGGACCGCAAGGUGGGCCGCUCAUGCCAACGCAUCGGGGAGGAGUGCUCCUGAUCGGCCGUCCCGCUCCACAGACCAGGCACUUACAGAGGAGGAAGAGGAGGAGGAAGACGGGGUGGGGAGGGGAGGGGCCGGUGGGCAGGGCGUCCUGCAUCUGACCCAAUAAACGUGGAUCUAAGCUCGGUGCUGGAGCAUCUGCUCUGUUCCAGGCCCCGCUCAGCAUGUUCACACACACACACACACACACACACACACACAGCCUUAACCCCACCCUCCCCUCCUGGAGAGGAUGGACCCAGUCAGACUCAUCGCCAUGGUUUCCUCCUCUUCUCUCCGUUUCUCUCUCCAUCACAGGAAGUCCGGUCGAACGGUUCCGCCGCUCGGCCUGCUUUCAUCUCUUCUUCCUGUCCUCCAUGACUCGGCCGCGGCGGGGGGUCAGGCUCCGCCCCGCGGCCGCUCCUCAGGUCGCCAUCAGGGGGUUGGAGUGUAAAACCUGUAACCCACCUUCCUCUUCCUCAUUUCUUCUUCUUCUGUUCCUUCCAUGACGUUUCGGUCCACGCGCAGCGUCACAGCGCCACCGCAUGGCGUUGGGUGCCGUGACGGUGAUGCGUUCUGUUUCUCCCAGCCAGUCCCUGCCUCGGCUCACCUGGACUAAAUCAUAAAUAUUAAUAUUAAUGAGGAAAAAAACACUAAAGGACGGAGUCCGACAGAUCAACCCUGUAGCAGAUCCUCUUCUCCCGCUGAGUGGUACACAGACGGCGUCGCAACUUCAUUUUGUUUUCACUGAAAGUGUUCGACACCAAAACUGCAUCUGGAGUUCAUUAGUGCUGAAGUGAACUGAAAUCAUUCUGCAGUUCCUUCGUUCUGUGUUUGGGACUGCAGGAAGCUGUUUGGAAUGUAAUAAUUAGCAUCUUAUUUCAUGUUUAUAUUUUUUUUUUAGCAUAAGUCACCUUUUCUGCU